CCGCGCUCCGCGCUCGGGCCCCGCGCCGCCCCCGCCCCCGCGCCCGCCCCCGCCCCCGCGCCGCCAGCAGCCCCCGCACGGCCAUGGGCGAGGACCGGCAGCCCCGCGGGCCGCGCAGGCAGGGGGGGGCCGCCGCCGCCGACGCCGCCGCCGCCGCCGCGCCCGACGACCCGGGGCCGAAGCCCGGCGCGGGGGCCCCCAAGGAGCGCGGGGAGGAGGCGGCCCGGACGUGCUGCGGCUGCCGCUUCCCGCUGCUGCUCGCGCUGCUGCAGCUGGCGCUGGGCAUCGCCGUGACCGUGGUGGGCUUUCUCAUGGCGAGCGUCAGCCCCUCCCUGCUAGUCAGGGACACUCCGUUUUGGGCCGGGAUCAUCGUCUGCUUAGUGGCCUAUCUUGGUUUGUUUAUGCUUUGUGUCUCAUAUCAAGUUGACGAACGGACGUGUAUCCAGUUUGCUAUGAAACUGUUGUACUUCCUGCUGAGUGCCGUGGGCCUGACGGUCUGCGUGCUGGCUGUGGCCUUUGCUGCCCAUCACUACUCACAGCUCACACAGCUCACCUGCGGAACGGCCCUCGAUGCCUGCCACUGCAAGCUGCCCUCCAUGGAGCCACUCAGCAGGACCUUUGUGUACAGAGAUGUGACUGAUUGUACCAGCAUCACUGGCACUUUCAAACUCUUCUUGCUCAUCCAGAUGAUUCUUAACUUGGUCUGCGGCCUUGUGUGUUUGUUGGCGUGCUUUGUGAUGUGGAAACACAGGUACCAGGUCUUUUACGUGGGUGUCAGAAUGUGCUCCCUAACAGCUUCCGAAGGCCAACAGCAAAAGGUCUAACAUUCUUGCUCAGAGGUGGGAGAGGAAAUAGCACACUGAGUAGCUGAGGUCAAAUAGGAGAAAAGAAAAGAGAAAGAAAGGGAAGGAAGGAAGAAAAAAAAACUGACAAUAGCUAAUCAUCCCUGUUCUCAAUGAAUAUUUUUGUAUUUUUUCAGGAAAUAAAAGCAUUUCUUCAGAUUUCUAUAGUAUUUUUAAAAAUUUUUACAGGGAGAAUAUGAUCCAAAUUGACUUUGGUUCAUUAGAAGAGCACAGAACAGGGAAAGGAUGGCAUACGUCUAUGUUUGCAGUCUGGAGUUUAUUCCUAAUACAGAUUUCCCCCAUUUAUCUGAAAGGAGGGCGUUCCCAUGAAAACUUUCGUAAACUGAAAUGCUAUAAAGCAAAGGAGCUGUUUUGUAGAAGCAAAAAACCCAAAAAACAAAAACAAAAAAAAAAACAAAAAAACAAAAACAAAACAAAAAACCUCUUCAGAUUUCUUUCGAUUAGUGAAAGCAUGUAUGAAUGUAGAUGUUUUCUAAAGCAAAGUGGCAUCAUAAAGCAAACUUUCAGACAGCAGGGAAAAUGUGUCCUCAUUUUAGUCAUUGUUUGUAUAAUCUUUCCCGUUAGUUGAGUUUAUGCUGUGAAUGGGCAUUUCAGGCCCAUUUGCUAAAUUUCACAGUCUUUUCCAGAACUUUCCACCUCCCCCUUUAUCUUCACUAAGCCUUGGAGGAAGGGGGCAGGGGUGGGGUAGAGCUGAACAGCCAGCCAGGUUGACUCUCUCUAUUUUCCCUGGUAGAGGUGUCUUCAAGGCAUGAAACAGCUCAAAAGGAGCAGAGUAGAAAAGGAAGAGGCUUCUCAAAGGCUAAAUAAUUAUAAACACCUGGGCUGGGGUGGAGACAAAUUUCUCUUCAGCUCCCUUAGUUUGGCUCCCUAAGUAGAUCACUUACUAAAUGCUUUGGAUGAUUGUCCGCUUCUCAAUAAUUGAAAGUUGGUGGUAGUUGUAUUCUUAAUGAUGUAGAAGGCUCAAAAAUAAUUACAUUAUGCUUCUAUUCUAUCAUCUAAAACAAAUCAUUAAAACUAAUUUCUACCUAAUUGUUAAUUAUAAUUAUGCUCCGAAGCCUACUUAAUGAGCCCUGGCUGUACUUACGUAGCACCAUCAGAGAAAUUACUCUCACAAGAGAGGAGGCUUAAAGAUUCUUUCUUCAGAAAGCCAAGCUUCACAAGAGAGAAGAGAAAUUUUUUUUUAUUAAUAGCUCAGGUUAAAAAUACUCAUUUAAACAAAAACAAGAGCAUUUGUAAUGGGCCAUGUUUAUACAAAUAGCACAUUUGUGAUACGUUGUAAAGUAUCUCUUGGCAGCUAAGUACUUUUGAGGAAGAUUGGGAAUGCCGAUGUUCCAUUCAUAAAAGUGUAUCUGACGUCUAAUCCUAUCAUUGACUUGCAUGCACAGUCAACCUAGAGAUUUCAACUCCUGUUUUGAAGUCCUGAUUUGAGCAUCUGCCCGCUGACUUGGAAGGCAGUUUUUAUUUUGUUUUGUUUUAAGUUACCACGACUUACAAAAAGCACAGGUACCCUGUGGUGGGAGUCUUUUCUGUCUUAUUAUCAAGUUCUGAACAAUAUCCAUGUUUUAAAGAAGGAGCUCAGAAUGCAAAUUCAUGCAGCAUAAAUGUUAUCAAGGUCUUUCUCUAUUAGCAUGCUUUAGUGAAAUCAGAGAUUCAAGAUAAUAAUUGAGAUGAAUUUGCCUCUCCACAUUGCCUAUUGAUAUACUCUGCGAGUCAUGAAAUUCAACCCUGAAAGAAAAGUGUCUUCUUGUCUGCCUUAAAAGAUAGUUGAACAAUCCCACUGAUUGCGACAAUAGUGUCAAUCUCUACACCAUAUAAAUAUCCAAGUAAAAAGAAAAACAUUAAGUCAGUUGGAGGACUGUAAAUAGCUUUUGUGUCCUCCAGAUAAAACACCUGAUUAACAGAUGUGAAAACCUUUUUAUGUAUUGACUCACUUUAAAAAAUGGCCUUCCUACACACGAACUCAGGCCAAGAUUUCACAUUGGAGGGCUUAUGGGUAAGACUCUGGCGCAGAGGUUUGAUCACACACAAAAACUACAGUGAGAGAACACCAAGCAUCCUGAUGACGACCCGAAAAAUACUGUGUGCUGUUAAAAAACCAAAAAACACCAGUAACUGAAGCCAUUCUGCUUUGGACCGUUUCCUACAUAAAGAAGAAAAUAACCGAGAAUCUGAAAUAUUGUAGCUGUUCUAUAAAGAGUGAGAAACUCAUGAUUUAAUGUUAAUUGCUAUGAAUCAGGCACCCCUGGAAGCACACCCUGCAUUCCUUUGACAACUUUUUAUAGCAAACACUACACUACAGGUUUUAUGUUAGAAAAUUAAAAUUAAAAAAAAAAAAGAAAAUUAAAAUUCUGCACAUCACCAAGGUGCUUGAUGCUUUACAAACAAUUCACAGGGUAUUUCAAAUGGUAGAGAAACUUUAGCUUAUGUGCUUUCUUUUUCUAAAUGUUGCAGCCAGGCAGGAUUGACCUAAGUUUGAUAAUAAUGAGGUGAUAUAAAUAUAGAUAUAGAUAUAGCAGGGAUUUUGCUUUUGUAUAAUUAAAGCAUUCUUAAAUCCCCAGAGGGGGGAAAAAUAAUUGUAAGUGAAAGAAGGAACAAAUAAAUAAAUAAGGAAAGACACCAAGAAAAGAUUCCCGUGCUGUGAACUCACUGAGUAUUGAUACGUGUAAGAAUUGUGUUGCAUGAAUAACAAACUGCUUUGCGCUGGAUUUAAAGUAUUUUGAGGUUGUGUUUUGCAAAUAUUGAAGUUACAAUAACGGCAACAGAAAAGGAACAGAUACACAGCUUUACACUUAGCAAAAUGUUACAGUUAAGAUCUGACAAGGAGCCAAGAUGGUGACUGUCUCUUCUAAACCAUAAAACAGUAAGAUUUGCGCAAUCCUCCUCCUCUUCCACCUCCUUCAGGAGAAUUAAAUGAAUCAAGACUUUGGAAAGAGGGGAAACUGCCGGGACUUGGCAGUACUUGAAAUAGGAGGAAUACAGCAGCCUGAAUGUACAGACUUUGCAACCGAGCCCACUCGAUCGGGCUGUGCUCUCACGUGACCACCAUCUGUGCCUCCCUCGCUCGGUCCAAAUUUGUGGAGGCAGCUCCUUGGAGCCGGGCCUAAAAAUAUAGCUACACCAGGCCCUAGAAACUGUAGUCAAGUAAGAGGCCCGACUUGCUGCCCCUCUUCGAAUUGGAGUCUACCCGAUCUCCUCGGAGGGGCUUCGAGCGGCGCUAGCGGUGUGUCCUGACAGCGAGGACCUGCUCUGGGUGUGCUUUCUGGCCCCGGCCAGGCCAUCAGCGUCUCUAAACACUCUCGUACCCCCCCCCCCCUGCAUGCACUGUAUCUGAAAUAUGUUUAUAGAUCUUCAGGAAAGGGAAGGGUACAGGGUAUCCAAGGAAGGUUCUGGAGGACAACGGUGGGGCAGUUAUUCCAUCAAGAACACACGUCGAAGUUGCCCUGAAAAACCAGCCCUACCCUGUCACGAAGCCCACCUUCUGGGGCCUAGUGAAUGCCUCUACACCGUUGCUAGGUGGCCCCUGGUUCCCACAAGUCACGCUGGCUGCCGUGUUUACUGUGCUCCAAGAGCCCUGUCAUGCUUCUAGAUGUGCGCUGAGCAGCCAGGACAGGGCUGGAGAGGGCUGCUGGCCAAAUAUCUUGACUCCCAGUGGGAAGCAUUGGUUCGGAUGAAAUCUCAGUGUGUCAGCCUGUGAAAUGGAUGCCUUGAUUCCUUUCUGCCGAUUUUCUAGUACUUCAUGAUCUCCAGUGAUUAUCCCCCUCAAAAAUAUUGGUCUGCAUUUUGGUUGUUGCGGUUUCAUUUUUCUGGCAUCGAUGAAACAGUGAAUGGAAAACAAAGUGCUCUCCCCAUGUCUGAGGUGGUGUUUUUCAAGGGGAUGCACCUAUGCAGAUUGUCUUUGUUAAUAAAAUUUUUCAUAAUCUCUGAAAA